AUGGAUAACACCGGUGGUUAUGUUAACCUCAUGUAUAGUCAAUGUUCUAUAGACCUUGAUUCACCCGAACCAGUUUGGCUCGGUAGCCAAGCUCCUGAGCCUGUUGUCGAGUCUGGUCAGCCUGUUGUCGGGUCUGGUGAGCCUGUUGUCGACUCUGCUAUCAACAGCCGGAGGAAAUGGACACCGCAAGAGGAUAAAAUACUUAUUGGUGCCUGGCUCAACACCAGUAAAGAUCCAGUGGUGGGCAAUGAGCAGAGAGCUGGUAAGUUCUGGCAGAGGAUUAUCGAGUACUACAAUGCAAGCCCUCAACUUGUCGGGAGAAUACCGAGAGAGAUUAUUCCGGCCAAGCAGAGGUGGGGUAGGAUUAACGAUCAAGUCUCCAAGUUCGUUGGUUGCUAUGACCACGCUAUGAGUGAGCAGAGAAGUGGUCAAAAUGAUGAUGAUCUCAUGAAAGCUGCACUAGACUACUUCUUCAAUGAUCAAGGCCACAAGUUCGGUCUGGAACACACCUGGAGGGAGCUGAGGCAUGACCAGAAAUGGUGCUCCACUAUUGUCGAUAAAGACGGUGGGAAGGAAAAGCGGAAGCUAGUCUUGGAGGUUGAUACAGACGAGGAAGUGGGACAACAAGAGGGGAGACCGAUCGGGGUCAAGGCUGCGAAAGCAGCUACAAAGAAGAAGAAGAGUGGUUCAACAGUAGGACAUGUGAACCAAGUCACGGGUGCAUUUGGAGUUGUGAAACCAAGUCACGGGUUCUUCUUUUCACUUUAUGUUCUAUAA